UUACGUCAUCAUGGCAUCGGCAUCGGAGACGAUUAGUACCCCGAAGAUGAUUGUGCCGUACGAAUGGAUUCUGGAAAAUGUCGAGGAACAAACGACAACAAUUGCAUCGAAAAUGAUUCUUUUUCUUGGCGAAAAAGUAUUCCGUGUGGGUUUGCAGAACCACGCCAUAUCGCCCAUUUUAUUUUUCAUGGCAAUUGAUCUCGGAAAAAUUGGAAUGAAAGUAGAAGAUGUCAAAUACGGAAUUCAAGGUAGUGGCAUUGGCCCAGCAACGAUGAUGGAAAUGUCCAGCCAGAAUAUCGGCGAUGAAGGAAGUCUACAGCUAUUCACCAUUAAACUUGCCGAAAAGAUCGUUGGACACUGCACGUUUAUGUUUCGAAUUUGCAUUGAAGGAACUGAUUCCGGCUAUUGCUAUCAACUGUGCGAUCGUCUUGCCAAGGAUCAAUUAUGGGCUGCUCUAAAAAAUCAACAAUAUCUGCCGGACGUUGAGUUAAUCGUGAAAGAUAAAUCAUUUCCUGCUCAUAAAGCCAUUCUUGCUGCCCGCAGUCGAGCGUUUACAGACGAAUUUGAGAAGGUACAGCCGGUAAAAGACGUUCCUCAUCAGAUCCGGAUCGAUGGAGUGGAACCUUCAACUGUGGAGAAUAUUCUUUAUUUUAUCUACACAGGCGAGACAAUGGGAACGUUGGCAGAUGAAAAAUUGCUCGAGUUAGCUAAUCAGUACGGGCUUCUAUCUCUGUCUGGAUUAUGCCGAGUUGCACUGAAGGAAAUAGAGGCAGCUAUGCAAAUGGCAAAUGUCAUGGACAUUUUAAAUAACGGAAUUGAAGUACCUAAUUCUUCUUCCAAAAUCAUGCCGGAGAAAGAUACGGAAAUAUUUUUUGAUGGAACCACGCCCACUUUUAGGUGCGUUUUUAAAGGAUCUGAAAACGGAAAAUCCAAAUGUUUGAUGCAAUAUCAAAAAGAAGACAUUUUUUACGCUUACUUCAUUGGGAGUAUUACGCAACAUACUACCAAUCGCCAUUAUAUAAUCAGUAAACCUGUGAUCCAUAUCGCCUGCGCCAAGCAUCGAAGAUUCGGCUUGAAAGUUGAAGAUGUUUAUUGCGGCACGAAGGAGAUACUCAAAUGGAACAUGCCGGGAUACAACGGAAACAACCAAUGGUUGAAAAUGGAAUCGAAAAAAUUGAAGAAAAACACGGAAUUACUUCUACGCUUCACCGUUCAAUUGGAGCUGGAUAUGACUUACGGCAAUGGCAAAAUUAAUCAAUUCACUUUCGACAUCAAAACGGUCAGCACGAUCGGCAACUAUUAUUAUGAGAUGAUGGACGACGCUUGGUUGAUGGAUUUUUGGACUGCCGCAACAAAUCAGAAGUUGACGGAUGUCGAAAUAUUUGCCGGAACAGUUAAGGUGAUGGAAGCUCAUCGGAUUAUUUUAUGCGCACGUAGUCCUGUCCUGAAUGAGUCUUUGAACAAGUUCAGCCACACGGGGAAAUCUGUCGUCACAUUCGGGGCGGAGUUCGAUGUCGAGAUUGUCAAGAUUUUCCUAAAUUUCCUGUACACUGGAUCUUUAAAGACGAGGACCAGCGGCAAUCAACUUAGUAAAUUGGCCACAAAGUACCAAGUGGAGACAUUGAAAAAUAUUUGUCAGGUUAUCUAUGCUAGUCCACCGGAUGUGGAGGAACUGACUGACUAUCUUCUGCAGCUAUAACUGAUGCCGGUUAAAUUGUUAUUAUUCUUUUAAUUGAA